AUACAACCCCUUUCACUGUCUCAUAGUCACCCAGAUUGGAAUAACUUAAUUCCUUGCUCUCGCUCUCACUACACACCAAAACAACAACAUGGGGAAACUCCUGGUGCUCUGUGCUGUGAUUCUUGCUGGCAUCAGUGUGGGAACUGCUCUGCAAUGCUUGAAAUGCUCAUUCACUGUUUUCAACAUCCCAUGUCACACUACCACCGUCACUUGCGAGGCUGAGCAAGUCUGUGCUACCAUCCAGGGAAGGGCAGCUGGACAUAGCCUUAUCAUGAAGAGGAACUGUGUGGAUAAAGACAAAUGUAACAAGAAUGAAACUGCCUCCUAUGCAGGAGUCAGCUACAUCACCACGUACCAGUGCUGUGAAGGAGACUUUUGCAAUUCAGCUGCCACCCUGCCUUCUGCCCACUUCUCCCUGUCCCUUGUCCUGGCUCUGUUGGGUCUCUGGUUCACUCGUUUCCUCUAAUCCCUCUCCCCAGGAAGCAAUCUCUAUAAGUUGGCCAAACUGGGGGAGGGAAGCCCUCCCAAGAUUCAACUUUACCAAAUAGAUCUUCCUAUUGAAAGUGUAUUUGUUCAUCUGUCAAGGCAUAUGUUUAUCUCCCUGUACCUGCUAUCUUAAAUCAUAUGAACCAAAACUUACUUUUGAAGAGACUAGAAAUGUGUUUGGAGAAGAAAAUCUUCUUUGCCUUCUUGUUGAUUAUUUGUGUUCCCUUACUCUGGGAGAGAUGCAGACAUCCGGUUUGCCAUUCAUUAUAUUCUACACGUCUCUGCUUGAUGUAUAGUCAAAUUUUCCUUGCUAUUGGAAUAGAUGGUAUAGAGCAAUGGUUUCCAGUCUUGGGCAACCCAGAUGUUCUUGGACUGCAAUUCCCAGAAGCCUUCACCACCAGCUGUGCUGGCCAGGAUUUCUGGGAAUUGCAGUCCCAGAAUGCCUGGGUUACCUAACAUUGGGAAUCACUGGAUAGAUGACCAACAAGGUCACCACUGGAUGAGAUUGUUCCGCCUGAGUUGAUUAGUCAACAACUAACUUACUAUAAGUCAUUUACCAUACACACUACAAUGAAGUCAUUGGUCAGUAAAAUGGUUGCCUGCAUCUGUCUUCUGGCUAAGUUCUGCCUGGAGAUGAUGCUAGGAACCAGCGAGGUCAGAUCACAGGCCAUUGCAAGAGCCCACUGACUGAGGAGAUGAUCCGGAGUUCCUUCUAAUCAUAUGGGAUUCUGGGACAUGUUGACACUGGGCUGAAGAGCAGGUCCCACAGAAGUGAUUGUAUCCUGGUUGGAGCCCGUAAGAAAUCAGAAGUUAUAAACACAGCUUUAUCCUUCAUCCUUCUUUUCCAUCUUUCCUACAUGUAUCUGGACUAUCAUGUUAUGUCCAUUUGAUUGCCGGGAUUCCUUUCUAAGGAAUUCUGGGAUUUGUAGUUUGGCAAGGCAUUUUGUAUUGUCAGCUAUGGAGCUUAUCUAGCACAAUCCUCUGAAUCAUGGCCGAGAGAGGCCUAAGAAUAUUCCCAAACCACAAACCCCAGGAUUCGUUACAAUGGUGCUGUGGCAGUUCAAAACUGUAUUGAUUUUUUUGGUAAUAUCUGUAAUGCCUGUUGUUGUUUUUUUCUCUUGCUUUCUCCACCCACUCCUUCCCUUUUCACUCGUUUCUGUUUACCCAUUGCCACAUUUUCUCUAGUUGAGGAUUUUUCAGCCUGUCUGAUUUUUUUAGAUAUUUUUUUUUUACCUCCAGGUCCCAUCAGCUCCACCCAGCAUGGAGAAUAGUGGGUGGAUCGUGGGAGAUGUUGUCCAAAACAGCUGGAGAAAUAAAGGUCCCCAAUUCCCCUUCUGUUUUAGUUCAUUU